AUGGAAUUGAGGGAUGUCUUCUCAAAGUACAUAUAUGACAAGUGUCCUGCCGUAGCUGCAGUUGGUCCAGUAGAGCAGUUUCCCGACUACAACUGUAUCUGCAGCGCUAUGUACUGGCUCCGUUUCUAA